AUGGCCGCGUCCGGCCGCAGCGCGCCGAAUUCUCGCGCCGCUUCCGGCGCAGGCGGCGCACCGCGGCGAGUGGAUCUGAUGGCGCUGCUGGAAUCGUGGGAGAAGGAGCUGGGAACGUCGUCGGAUGAGGAGUCCGUUGAGGGCGGCAGGGUUCCGCGUUAUGGCGCGGGGAGGCCGCGCGAUGAAGGACAUUCCGCGAAUAGGAUUACCAGAUUCUCCUCGUUCAACGGUUCUUCCUACAACACGAGGACAUUUGCGGAAGGAUCGGCGGAGGGCGCCCCGGAGGGUUCGGCGGAGCGGAAAGAGGGUUUCAUGGCGCAAGGGACCGUGGCGGGAGGGGCAGCGGGGGCGGCGGCGACGGGGGCGACGACGACGUGGAAUCACAGCAGGGUGGGGAGAAUUACUAAAUGGCGGAAUGUCGCAGAUGCCGCUCCGACGAAUCCGGCCGACGGCGGACUCUCGGGAUCCUUCCGCGCGCGCGAAUUUCGGCGGCAGGCGUCGUUUGUAGAGCCCUCGCGCGCCGCCGCGAAGUCGCAGCCGUUCGGCGCGCCUAGUAACGGAUCACCGGAGCAUGCCUUUGUCGCGUACAUGGCUCAGCAGCGGUCCAGCCUGGAAGGCCUCGAAGACGCCGCGUCGUUUUUCUGCGGCGUCGCGCACCAGGCGCGCUCCGACGAAGUCGCAGCGGUAGCGAAUAGCGAGCUCGCUUUUCCAUCUACGGAUAAAAUCUCCUCCGGUGGGAUCGCGGGCCGAAAUGCCAUCCAGACGGCGUCUGACAAGGCGGGAGUGUUGGGAAGUUUCGCGGAAGCAGCGCUGCCCGUAGAUCCGCCGGAGGAGGUAAGCCGCGCGCUGGCGGUGCUGUCGCAAUGGCGCGCCAAGGCGCAGAGCGGACGCGGCGAGAACGGGAGACAGCAAGGUGGCAGCAACGCCAAAUCGGCACCGUCCGCCGGUCCAUCGGAUAAGGGUGCAUCCGCCGCUCCCGCAGGGUCCGCGGCUUCCGCUGCGUUCUCAUCAGUGUUCCCUCUCUCGUCCGCCGCUUCCCCUCCCGCCAGCCCUUCCCCCCCCGCGCACUCCGCCACCUUCCCCCUUCCCCUCGCGGGGUCCCCCGGUUCCCCCCCGUCCGACUCUUCCCCCACCCGCACUUCCUCCACCUCGUCUUCCGCCGUCCCCAUUGCCGUUCCCGUUACGGAUGCCACGUCAGCAGCCGCCACCGCGCUCGCCAUCAUGCCAAUUAUGUCCAGGCACGCGCACGCGCGGGGGCUGGUCGGCGGACAAGCUCCGCGCAACGCGCGCGCGGACGGCGCAGAUGGCGGGAGGAUGUCCGCUGCCGGGGAGUCGGGCGCUGACGCGUUGCCUAGCGCGCGGAGGGGAAGCGCGGAGGCGGAAAAGGCCGUUGAUUUUGCCAACCAAAGCGGCGGGAUUCAGGCAGUUAGUAGCCGAAGGGGGGGCUGGGGGAGCGCAGGGGAAUGCGACGAGGGGCAGGCGGGACGAAUCGGGGGACUUGGGGGUGAGGGCGCAGGCGCAGGCGCGGGGAUGGUUCCCCCCCGCAGCCACGUGCAGGCGCUGCUGGAGGACGCGCGGAGCCGGCGCGAGGCGUAUCUGCGCAUCCGAAGCCGCAGCGCGUCGCUUUCCGUAUCCCCCUUUACUUUCGCCCCUCAUGCACUCACUCCCGCGCCCGGCCCUCCCCCCGUUACUGCCACGCCCGUUCCAGCCCCAUCCCGCGUGCAAACGUUUUCCCGCCUAGACAUCCCGUUGUCUCCCCACUGCGUCUCGUCCACCUCCCCCUCCCCCUCGCCUUCCCCCUCCCCGUCCCUUCCCCCGCCGCUCGCCCUGUACGCUGGCGGAAACUCCCCCCCGCUCUCCCUCGCGCACAUUCAAAUGCUGUCGCACGCGCGCGGAGGCGCUCCCGACGAAUCUGGAGGCGGAGAAGGCGGAGAGACAGGGGAAGCGGGGGGAGGGGGGGUAGGGGGGGAAGGGGAUGCUGGUUCCGCGCUAUCCCAGCGCCACAUCUCCGCCGCGGUUCGCAUCACGGCCGCCUCUACGGGCGCAACAGGCGGAGGGUUGGCCGCUGAAAGCGGAACGCUGGGCGCAACAGGCGGAGCGGACGCGGUGCAGGCGUGGCGGCACGGGGAAGGGCAGGCGCAGAGGCGCAGCGGCAUUCCGCCUCUGUCCCCGCGGUCAUCCGCACCACUGGGGGUCACGGUCUUUGGCGCGCGGGGAAGGCCGGCGCAGAAGCCAGACGCUGCGCGGAAUCUCUUAGUCUCGCUCUCCCCCUCUGCCUCCUCCCCCUCGCCUGCUUCCCCCUCCGCCUCCCCCUCCCCCCGCGCGCUCCUCCCCGGUGGUGCUUCCCUCGCGCGCAUCCCCAUCAGCCCGCCUGUUUCCGCCAGCAGUCCGCGCUGCACCAGCGGGGGCGCAAGCGGAGGCGGAAGCAGCAUCUUCAGUGUGGGGAAGAACAGGAGCAGCAGCGGUGCCGGCACCGGCGCUGGCGGCGCUAUAACGAGCAGCGCCAGCAGCGGCGCCAUCAGCAGCAGCAGCUAUACCGGCGAGCCGCAGUCUGGCCGCAUUCCCGUGAGCCGGAGCUUCGAUCUCAGCGCCAUUCGCGGCCGCGGCAGCGGCGGCGGCGGCGGCGGCGGCGGCGGCGACGGCAGGGACAGCAGCAGCGGAGGCAGCGGGGGAGAGGGCGGCGGGGGGAGAGGCGCGGGUGGUGGCGCGGCGGCGAGGGGGAGGCAGCGGGGAGGCGCGGGCAGGGAGGGGGCGAGCAGGGAGGUGAGUAAGAGCGUGUCGUGGGACAGCAGGGGCAUGGUAGGCGUGGGGUUUGGCAAGUGGUCAGGUGGUAGAGUGGGUUGUGCUGCCGCGGCGGAGGGGGAGGUGAGAGAAGGGAGGGAGGGGAGGGAGCAGCAUGGGGAGGCGUGGCAGCGGCAGCAGCGGAUAGGCAGGCGAUCGGUCGUCCAUGGCAUGGCCCAUGGUGUCGCGCGUAGUGCAGGCAGGGACGAGAGCCAGUCACACUCUCACUCGCACACUCACUCACACUCUCACUCGCACUCACAGUCACACUCUCACUCGCACUCCCUUUCACACGCACACUCGCAUACAGCGGUGAAGCAGAGCUUCUCCAGCCCGCUGCCACUGCUGCACCUGGCGUCAGAGUCGUCUCACAAGCUGCCGCUGUCGCACCCGCCUCCUGCGCCUGUCUCGCCUCCACCGCUCUCACCUGGCCCCUCUCCUCCGCAUUCCUCCUUCUCCGGCCCUCUCACCUCCUCCCCCUUCUCCGGUCCUCUUUCCUCCUCCCCCGUCUCCGGUCCUCUCACCUCCUCCCCCGUCUCCGGUCCUCUUUCCUCCUCCCCAUUUUCUGGCCCUCUUUCCACCUCUCCCUUCUCCGGCCCCCUCCCCUCCUCCUCAUUCUCCGGUCCCCUCUCCUCCUCGCUCCCCUCCGCCUCGCCCCUCACUCGCGGCCUCGUCAAAGCCUCCCUCAGGCGCGCCCCCUCCCCCACCGCGCCCCACGAGUCAACACAGUCAACGCAGAGGGCGCCCUCGCCUCGAGUGGGCUUCGAAUGCGGUCAGAAGGGUCCCUCCCCCCGCGUGCGAGACAGUGGCAGCGCAGCCGCGGCCGCAGCCGCAGCCACAGGCACAAGCACAAGCACAGCCGGAGCUGCAGACGCAAGGAGCGUUUCGCCUGGGAGUACAUUGGUUGGCGAUGCUGCUGCUGCUGCUGCUGCUGCUGCUGCUGCUGCUGGCGGCAGCACCACUGCUGGCAGCGCUGGCAGUGCUGCCAGCUGUCGCUUCCCGUCGAGCCGGUCCGUGGACGCUGGCAAGCCGGGCGCCGCUGGUGGUGCUGCUGGGGGCUCGCGGGGGCGCAGGCUGAUGAAGGGCAGCAGCGCGCAGGAGCGCGGGCUGGCGCGCAUAGGCGAGCGGGACGAGCAGUGGGGUGCCGUGCCUUCCUCUGUGUCUGAAUCAGCAGCCGGGUCCGUAUUGACUUCAGUUGCAGUAUCAGCAUCAGACGCAGGAGCAGCUGGUACAGGGGGUGCUGGGGCUGCGAGUGGUGCGGCAGGAUUGGGAGCGAUAGUGGAGGCAGCAGCAAGGAGCAGGGAGCAUGUGAAUCGGAGAGUGCAGAUCCCACAUUCCUGGAAAGCCCCUCCAACCAUUCUGGUCCCCUCACCCUCCUCCUCCUCCCCCUCCAUCUCCUCCCUCUCCUCCAUCCCUUCCUCCUCCUCCUUCCCUUCUUCUUCCUCCUCUAUUCCCUCCUCGUCCUCCUCUCUCGCCUUCGCCUCCCCUGCUCUCAACAGUCAAUCCCCAGUGGUUUCGUCAGCUGCUGCUGUUGAGACUGCUGCGUCUCAGAAGCCAUCCCCAAUGCUGCCCUCAGCUGUGGCACCUGAGAAAACACAUGAGGAGACAACUGAGGAGACACCUGAAGCGGCACCUGAAGCGGCACCUGGAGCUCGCAAUGCUGCUUCUGAGGCGACUCACAGCAACUCCUCCUUCCUCCGGCGACCCGCCACCCCGUACUUGGCCCCACUUGCCAUUACCGAACCAGCCAUUCUCACCGAGCCUGCACCAGCCGCCGCUCCCGAGCCUGCUGCAGAGGCUCGGGGAAGGGCAGGCGGGUUCAGUGAGCCAAUGAAACGAGUGGUUCGAAUCAGCAAGUAUGGUUCAGUCCCUUGCAACGAGCAACACACCCUUUCAGGAUCGUUCCCUGCUGUUGCUCGCUCUCACGGGAGUGGUAACCGCCGCUCCCUCUCCCCGCCCUCUGCCCUCUGCUCCUCUGCUGCUGCGGGUGCUGGGCAGGUUGCUGCUUCCCAGAAGGUUCGUGAUGGUGGCAGUGCGAAGCAUGCUGGCAGUCGGCUAAGCGGGGUGCAGCAGAGGAAGGCGGGUGAGACCAAGGGUGGUGAGAGGAGCAGUGCAGAAAGGAGGAGUGGUGAGAGGAAUGGUGGUGAGAGGAGGGGUGGUGGGGUGAAGGUUGGUGAGUGUUCUUUUGGGGAGGAGGUCCAGCAGCAGCAGCAGCAGCAGGAGGAGGAGGAGGAGGAGGAGCCAGGAGUGGAGAGUGCAAGGUGGUACGUGCUGCGCCGGCCGUAUGCAAACGUGCAUGCGGCAUACAGCAUGGAAGAGGAAGCAGAGGCAGCAGAGGCAGCAGCAGUGGCGCCUGGAGCGGGGGGGGUGGUGGAGCGGGUGUGCGUGUGCAUGAGGACUGGGAGGCAGUACUGGUGCCGCACCCUGUGCAAGGCGGCUCUCAGGAGUGCAGCAGCGGUGGAGGGUGUGGGGCGGAAGGUGGCUAUGCUGGAGAUGGUGCGGGGGGCACCGCAUGUGGUUACCAUGCUGCGCGCUUUUGAAGACACGCAGGUGAGGUUGGGGGGAGAACAGGUUGAGGGGAGAGCAGGUGAGGUGCAGGAGCAGCGGGUGAGUGGGGGGGGGGCAGCCAGGCAGGCCAUCCACAUGGUAUUGGAGCACUGUCCCGGAGGCAGCCUCGCUGACCGGCUGGCCUCCUGCCAGACCUUCUCCGAGCCUGACGCUGCAGCUGUGGUUCGGCAGGUGGCGGCAGGUCUGGCGGAGUGCCAUGAGAUGGGGGUGGUGCAUCGGGGGGUGAGAGCGGAGGCUGUGCUGCUGUUGGGGCUAGAGGGCUGCCCUGUGGACGUGCGCCUAUCUGGCUUCCAACACGCCACCUUCUUUGAACCUGGUCGCUUCCACACAGAGGCAGUGGGCGCACCAGCAUACAGGGCACCGGAGAUGAUACAGGGGAGGUACGGGCCACCAGCAGACGUGUGGAGCCUCGGGGUCCUGCUGCACCUCCUGCUCUCCACCCGCCUGCCCUUCCACGCCUCCUCCCCUGCUGCGCUCUCCUCCUCCAUCCUCAACGACCCCAUCGCCCUUCUUGCUGGAACAGCCGCCCACACACAACUGGAUGGGGAGUCACUGCCGCCCAGAGCUGUGCCGCCCAGUGUGCUGCCGGCCGGCACGGAGCCGCCCGGUGCAGGGAUGUCAGGGGAGAGUUUGGCGUCAGCACCAUCGUCUGCUGCGUCUUCACCCGGGUCAGCUGCCUCCCAGUGCUCUCCCUCUUUCAAUCUGUCCCCGCCUCUUGUCGCCACUUCAGCUGCUGCUGCUGCAGCAGAGGCAGUCACAGGAGGGGCGGAGGGGGUGUGUGGGGAAGGGGAGAGGCAGAGCACGGAUGGGUAUGAGGCAUCAAUGGCAGGGCAAGCGGCUGUGUCACAGGCACGCGUGGUGGGUACGGAGUCAGUAUCACAAGCAGCUCCCAGUGCGCCUGGAGCAGGCACCAGUGGGGCAAAUGGGAGUGGGUGUGAUGGGAGUAGUGGUGAUGGAGUCACCGGGGUGGAGGGUGAGGUGGAGGCGGGUGUGUGGCAUGUGCAGCUGUCGCCUCCAGCAGUUGACCUGCUACGGCGCAUGCUGGAAAAGGAUCCUGGGAGGCGCAUAGAGCUGCACCAGGUGCUGCAGCACCCCUGGAUUCAACGACUGUGA